AAAACCUAGAUAUCACACAUGUCAGGAAUGCUCUUCACAAAAUCCAGGAAAACCAUCCUAUCCUUAACUCCAUGCUACACAAAAAUAUCUCCAAUGGUUCAACUACUUUCAUCAUCAAUCCUCCCGUUCCUCACUUCCAUCUCAACAUCCUCACCCUCUCUGCAACCUCCCAACUUCUCCAAACCCUCAUGGCCCACAGCUCCAGCACAUCUCUGUCUCCCUUACACAUACUCCUUGAGCAUGAGCUCAACAUUAACGAAUGGUCUGGUUUUACCAGCCGCUCAUUAAGUAAAGGCGGGUUCUACAUAUGGUUUGCUAAUUUGUACACUUUGCCUGACCAAAGAUGGAUCUUGGUGAUGAGGUUCCACACUGCAGUGUGUGACAGGACCACUGCGGUUUCAUUGCUCAAGGAGUUGAGAGAGGUUUUUGGGGAGAAUGAGGGUGAAGGGUUUAAAGAGGAGGGCAAUAUGGCAUUCGAGGAACUUGUUCCUGCUGGGAAGGCUAAGAAGACAAUGUGGGGACAUGGGAAGGACAUGGUUGCAUACUCUGUUAACUCAUUUAGGCUCUCAAAGUUGAAGUUCAAAGACGUCAAAGGACCUUAUCGUUCAGAAGUGGUGAGAUUUAAGAUGAACGCGCAACAAACUCAAAUGCUAUUAGUUGGUUGCAAGUCGAGGGGAAUCAAACUUUGCGGAGUAUUGGUGUCUGCAAUGCUUCUUGCUGUCUACUCCUCUAGACGUCUCCCAAACAAAAACAAACGGAAAAAGUAUGGAGUGAUAUUUUUGAAUGAUUGUCGCUCAUAUCUACAACCAGCUCUCUCUCACCAACAUUUUGGAUUUUACCAUUCGGCAAUAAACACUGUUCAAGAAAUGAAACGAGCGGAAAAUCUUUGGGACUUGGCAACAAGAAGCUACACAUCAUUUGCAAGUGCGAAGAAUAACAACAAACAUUUCACAGAUGUGGCUGACUUGAACUACCUCAUGUCCAAGGCCAUUGACAACCCUAGUUUAACACCAAAGUCUUCCUUGCGGACGGCGUUGGUUACUGUGUUUGAAGAUCCUGUCAUUGAGAUGGCUAGUGAGUUGAGCCAAGAUCUUCUCCUAGAUGAUUAUGUCGGGUGUGCCUCGGUUCAUGGAGUAGGCCCAUCCAUUGCCAUUUUUGAUACUAUUGUGGAUGGACAAUUGGACUGUCUUUGUGUUUACCCUUCACCUCUUCAUUCCAGGGAGCAGAUUCAAGAACUAAUUGCUAAUAUGCAAACCAAUCUUGUUGAUGGUAUUAAAAUGGAGGAACAACUUGAAUUUUAGGCCAAAAUUGCAUGAUUUGCAGUAUUUUUUUCUUCUUCCUAACACCGGUGGUAAUUGUAUCAACUAGCUAGCAAAAGGCUAGAGUAUUAUGGAUUUUGUUGAUUG